CUCAACUUUCCCUCGAUACACGUCAUGCAAACAGCACCUAAAGCUUCUGGGCAUGCGCUGUCCAAUCCCUUCAAUUCCUGCUGUUCGACACGACUAUUGAAAGAUGAUGAAGGUGCUACAGACUUUUUUGGUCCUGGUUCUGCUCAGUCUGACCUCAGGAGAAGAGGGAGCCCGUUUGCUGGCUUCCAAAUCUCUGUUGAACCGCUAUGCUGUGGAAGGCCGAGACCUUACCCUUCAAUACAGCAUCUACAACGUGGGCUCCAGUGCUGCUCUGGAGGUGGAGCUGUCAGAUGAUUCUUUUCCCCCUGAAGACUUCGGAAUCGUUUCAGGAAUGCUGAAUGUUAAAUGGGACAGGAUCGCACCAGCCAGCAACGUCUCUCACACAGUGGUGUUGCGUCCUUUGAAGGCCGGCUACUUCAAUUUCACCUCGGCGUCCAUAAGUUACCUGGCACAGGAAGGAGGACAAGUUGUGGUUGGCUACACCAGCGCUCCAGGCCAGGGAGGCAUCCUGGCUCAAAGGGAGUUUGACCGGCGCUUCUCUCCACACUAUCUGGACUGGGCUGCAUUUGGUGUUAUGACUCUGCCUUCCAUUGGCAUCCCCCUGCUUCUCUGGUACUCCAGUAAGAGAAAGUACGACUCGCCAAAGGCCAAGAAGAACUAGGAAACAAGACUGGCUUUGAGAGUGGAUGUUGGGCGAGAAGUAUUGAGGUUUACUGGGCACAGGAUCUCUGAAAAGCCUAAUAACCCAUAUUGGGGAUGAAAGUUGAAAGAAAUACAGUACAGUGACCAAGGAACGUGAUUGUGAGUUGACCAAACCAGCAGUGAUAACUUUGAAGCAGGAAAUGGAAGUAAAAAUCAUCAAUAGUAGUAUGAGAGCAUGAGCAUAUACAUGGAAUCUGUCUAUUCUCAUAAAGAAGUGAUAACCUGAGUGCUCAGCUGCUGGUCAUUCCUUUUAGUCAUUUUCAAAUGCGUUCAGAUGGUGACAAGACAAUUACAACAGCAGUAACUACUUCACAAAUGGUUUGGAAUUUUUUUUUUUUUUUUAGUGUAAUGAACUGAAUUCAGAUGUUCAAUUUAUAACCAGUUGUUGAACCUCAAAAUGGAGAAAUAAAAACAAAGUGGAUUGUUUUUAAA